AAAUCCUUGCCAUCCACCUCUCGCCGUCUUACUCCCUCAGCCAGUCAAAAUCGUCAUGCACAAGUGGCAGGGCAUCCGCCGUGCGCAUUGCGUCAUUGAUCGCAUUUCGAGUCGGGCUUCAACUUCAUCGUCAGCCUCCCGCCACUCCCGUCAAUAUCAUCACCAGGCCUCUUUCCAGACUCAUCCCCAGCGCCAGACCCUUCUUAUCACAUCAACUAGACAAUUCGCCCACUUGCCUUCCCCUCGCGUGUCUCAUUCAACCAUCAUCACCCGCAACAUGUCGUCCGACGACGCCUACAUGUCCUUCCUGAACAAGGCCAACGCCGACCUCAACACCGCUCGAAACCAACCGUCCGAGAACGUCUCAUCCGCCGUCGCUCGCACCGAGACCGUCGACGCGGGCGUCCGCGUCCCCGCCCCUCUCACCUCCGUCGACGCCUUCUACAUCUCCGAGACAGACGAGCCGUUCGAACCCGUCACGCUGAAAUGGGACGGUGCUUCGCGGGGUCUUUGGCCUGACGCUGCCCACCUCUCCUCCCUCAUCUCCCCCUCCACCGACCUCUCCUCCUCCAUCACCACCCUCCCCGCUUCCUCCUUCGAUCCGAAGAACCAAUACCCGGGCCCUCUCCGUGCCGUGCGCGCCGCAGUCGCCCAGGCCUCCGGGGGCGGAAUCGACGAGUCCGCGGUCGAGGUCAAGGCGUAUCGUGUGGAGGUUGGGACGUCGCGCGUGGAGUAUUAUUUAGUGGCGUUGGAUGCGGAACAGGGGCUGCUUGUGGGGUUGAGGGCUAAGGCUGUUGAGACUUAAUUUCUGUCCAUGGGUGUAUGUGUUUCUGUUUGUGGUUCAUCUUGGGUGGUGUGGGUUUUUUGAAUGACUGCAUUCUGUGUUAAUAUUUUUCCUCCACUCUUGUUACUUGUUCGUUGAUAUGUUGAUAAGAAUGAAUGAAUGGAUCAUGGCUGG